CAAGAGUUCUUUGUUCCGGUUCCCAACCCAAGAACAAGAACAGCAUCAUCAUGACUUUGAUGAAGAAGAGGACGAUAAUCUUAAUCCCAUAUCCAGCACAAGGCCACGUUACUCCAAUGCUCAGGCUCGCCUCCCUUCUAUCCAACCUCGGCCUCCGGCCGGUGGUCAUCACGCCGGAAUUCAUCCACCGCCGUAUCUCGCCGCAGAUCAAUCCCGAAGAUGGGAUUCGCUGCCUCUCCAUCACCGACGGAUUAGACGCAGAGACGCCGCCGGAUUUCUUCUCCAUUGAGAGGGCCAUGGAGGAGAACAUGCCGCCGAUUCUUGAAGCCCUUCUCCGCAAGAUGAUCGAUGAGGAAGAAGAAGAAGGAGGCGGGAUUGCGUGUUUGGUGGCGGACUUGCUGGCAUCAUGGGCCGUCGACGUCGCCCGGCGUUGCGGCGUUGCUGCUGCGGGGUUCUGGCCAGCCAUGCACGCCACUUAUCGCCUCAUUGCUGCUAUUCCUCACUUGAUCCGGACUGGCGUUAUCUCUGAAAGUGGAUGUCCAAGAAAUCCAAGUGCUCCUAUAUGUUUGUCCUCCAAUGAGCCUAUCUUGACUCCAAAUGACCUACCAUGGCUUAUUGGUUCAUCAAGUGCAAGGAUCUCUAGAUUCAAGUUUUGGACUCGAACCCUACAACGAGCAAAAACGCUCCGAUGGCUCCUUACAAACACCUUCCCCGAUGAAUGCCAGUCGAGAAAAAUGACUAGGUGUAGCAACGCACAACAAGUUCUUGAAAUCGGGUCGCUAAUCAUGCAGGCAUUAGAAAUAAGCACCGGUAGCUUCUGGGAAAAUGAUUUGACCUGCUUGGACUGGCUGGACAAGCAGACUAUGGGUUCAGUCAUGUACGUGUCGUUUGGGAGUUGGGUGAGCCCCAUUGGAGAAGCGAAGGUAAAAACCUUGGCAUUGUCACUUCAAGCAUUGAGGAGGCCCUUCAUUUGGGUAUUGGGGCCCACAUGGCGAAGAGGGUUGCCCGAUGGGUAUGUGAAGAGUGUGGCCGGCCACGGAAGAAUCGUAUCUUGGGCCCCACAACUGGAGGUGUUGCAACACCCGUCCGUGGGGUGUUACCUCACCCAUUGUGGGUGGAAUUCAACUAUGGAGGCCAUACAAUGCAAGAAACCCCUCUUGUGUUAUCCAAUUGCAGGUGACCAAUUUUUGAACUGCGCUUAUAUCGUCAAUACAUGGAGAAUUGGGGUGAAAAUCGAAGGAUUUGGAAUAGAGGAAGUGGAGGAUGGUAUCAUAAAAGUUACGGAGGAUGAGCAAGUGAGCUGGAGAAUUGAGAGGUUGUAUGAGAACCUAUAUGGAAAGGAAGGGAGCUCUAAGGCUAUGGCUAAUCUAUCCACAUUCAUUCAAGAUCUUGGUAAAUAAAUGUCUUUUCGACUUAUACUUUUGUGUAGAUUUUGAAGGGCUUAAUGACUUCUUGAUGUAACUUGUUAAAAUUUUCUUCUUACUUGGUCUACCAAAGAUUAUAAGGAUCACAUAAGAAUGAGUAAAAAUCCAAUC